AAUCAACUAAAAAUGGUUAGUUUCGAGGAAGCUUGCGAGUUGGCAAAGAAUUUCACAAAGAAGCCCAGCGAUUCGGAAUUCUUAGAGUUCUACGGUCUCUUCAAACAGGCCACCGUUGGCGAUGUAAACGUUGAUAAGCCAGGCAUUUUGGAUUUGAAAAAGAAGGCAAUGUGGGAGGCAUGGAGCGCACACAAGGGACUUUCGCAAGAAGCCGCCAAGGAAGCGUACAUUAAGGUUUACGAAAAAUAUGCGCCCACAUAUGCUUAG